ACUCCGUUAAGGUGACUGCACAUUUACUUGGCGAAGACCUCCGCGGUCCCGCUCGAAGCCUUCAACGAGCACCCCCCCGCCGCGCCUCCGCCGGGCUUCAUUGAGCCUCGCGGGCACGACGAGCCAGGGGCGUCUCUUUUAUGAGCCCCGCCCACUCGCGUGACGUCACCUCCCGUGACGCGCAUCUCGCCGAUGGUGGCGGAGCGAGGCGACAUCACGGAUUCGUCGGCGCCGGUGAACGCCAUGGCCGAGCAGGACGUGAGCGUGGCGCUGGAGAACCUCAAGCACAGCGUCACCCUCGUGCUGGAGCAGCUGAAAGAUGGAGAGUCUUCUGUCGCGCCUCGUGAAGACUUUAACAUGCCAGAGUUCUGGGAAAAGUUAGAGCACUGCUACAAGGCAGUUUCUCAAGAGUCCACCAAGCUCAGCCUGGCCUUCUCCAGACCUCCCUUGCCUUCAGCACAGGAUUGCAGGAAGUUGGCUGAGGGGAUGGAGAACGCGGUGCUGGCCACUGUGACGGUCUUCUACACGCUGCCCAAGACUUACGGGCUGGUGCUGAGGAAAAGCACAAAGGAGGCAACUAUGACAGUCCUGGGCGGAGUCCUGCAUCUGGUAGAAUCCAUAAAGCGCUCGCCGGUCCAGAGUUUAUCCCAGGGCCAGCUCACAAGCACAGCGGGCGUCUGGGAGGCUUGCGACCACAUCUCUCGUCUACCAAGGGAUAAUGUGGUGGCAGUGCUGGCUGUGAUGCAGGCAGCUUUGGGGAUUGUGCGCGAUGCUCUGGAGGAGAUUGAGCAGGCUCAAGACGCAGGCAACAGUGACCCUUUUGGGGACGUGCUCGCAGAUGACAUCGUGGGUUUCCGGGAGAACCAGGACACCUAUUGGUCCGAGCGCGACCGCCAGCUGCUGGCCCCCUGCCUGGGCCUCAUGAAGGCGUCCAAAGCGUGCCUGCAGAAAGUUGCGCGAACGGUAAAGACCCACGGCUCGGCGGGGGCUGCGGCUCGGCAGGAGGAGCGAGCGUCACAGCUGGACGACCUGGCGGACCUCGCCCGCCUCAUCUCGCCCAGUGUUGAUGAUUUAGCAAUGGCUGUCUACCCUCCCAUGAAUUAUGCUGCAAUUAGACUCAAUGCCAUCAAACUUGCAUCUGUGCUCAAGAAUUAUCUGGAGGUAACCAGACAGACAUACGUGUGCCCCGAGGAAGAGCAUGCCUGGGUUCGGUUCCUGCUGUCUGCCGUCGACCACAACCUCGACAAGGUGCAGGCCCUCUCCUCCGACGUCUAAGGCGUAAGGAAGUGCGAGAGAACUCUCUGUAUCACGCGCAGCUUGGUACUGUUGAACAUGAACGACGAGGAGGGACGAUUGGCUCGUGGAGCUGACACGGGAGGGCAGAGAACUUCGCCAGAGAUACUGGGUUGAGAUUCUGUGGACUGCCAGCUUCCACAGUGUAGAAAACAUUAUGGUCUCAAGCAACUUACUAUUUUACUAUACAGGAUAAACGAAAAUAUUCCAGUUAUUUUUACUUAAAUCAGGCUGAAGGACUUGCAAGUAAUAUUUCACAUGUGUGGAAUAAACGGCUCGGUCUGCACAGCUGAACAGCACGGCCAAGAUAUUGAGUAAGAGAGACCCUUAUAGGAUGUCCAGUAAUGCCACUUAUGGGAAAUUAUACAACAUGCAUAUCCUCUGUUUGUGGCAGGGAUUUGGAAUGGAAAAAUAACACAUUCUGUACCUAGAUGGCAAGAGCACAAUUGAGAUGCAAUUGUUGAUACAAACAGUAAAUAUAUUGAAACAUUGAGACCAUAACAGCCAUAUUUGCAUACAUUUGGUAAAGUAACAUUUACAAGACAAGCUGAGAAAGGUGCAUAAUCUACAAUAAUGGAUAGUGUGUAUUUGCUGCAAAAAAAAAUGUGAUACCUUAUUUUUAUGCCAGUUUUUCUAAAUUCUGGUUGGUGCCAAAUACAUUUUGCCAUGCGCAGUGUGCCAUAUCAAGGGAAACUAAUAUCAAUGCACCACAGGUUGUGGAUGAAAUGGCUGCUGAAGCGGCAUUUGAUGUAGUUCUGUGAUGUUGUCUUCUGGGGAACGUUCCUCUACACAGUUGGGCUCACUGCAUCAUGAUGUGCCCAUAGCACAAUCGGAAUAUAAAUUGGCUGGGGUUAGUAAACAAUAUAAAAGGAUUAUAUAUACUAGUGAAAAAAAUAUGUCAUAAAGUGUUUGGUGGCUUUGGUAUAAGCGAAAUAUUUAUUUAUUUAAGGAUUGAAACUUUGCUUUUCAUGGCGACUUGGUCAAUUUAAUUUGUGCUUCACCACAGAUUUUUGGGUUGGCCCACGUAAUGAUAUGGCCCAAGCCAAAAAUCAAUUGGAAACCAUAAUUAUGAACAUUUUGAGUCCUUGUGUGCCUGUUCUUGAUCCUCUAUGCAGAGAGUUAAUGCUAUUUAGAAGUGGCUGAGGAAAUGGCUCGAUGCCUGUUAUGAUGCCAUUGUGACAGACGGACAACUUUUGACUCACAUCCUGAGCAUCCACAGAUGCAAUCCGCUUCUUGUGUAAACGGGUCUGUACUCUUUGUCAAGCCACCCAAUUCCUGCAUUAGGAAUUUCAAUAAAUUCCAGUUUUCAGUGUCGUUUAUACAAAACUGGUAAGGGAAGCCAAUUAUAUUAUUCCAGGCUCAUUCCUCAUGUGAUGCUCUACUAUGUAGGAUAAUUACCUGGAAUUUUUUUUUAUUUGCCUUAUGCCUUGAUACCACAGAAGUGGCAUGAGAUUAUUGGGAAAGUAUUGUGUAUCAUAUUGAGUCAGAAAAACACAUUGAUACGAGCAAACGUGAAAAGUGAUGUACAAAAUAAACAUGACUUAUCCACA